UUGAUUAAUUAAACGUGCUAUCCAACGGAGCUGUUAAAACUUCAAUUAAAAAAUUAUAGUUAGUUUGAAUUUUUGUUUUCGAACUGUGAGGUAGCUUUGAUUAAAUAGCCAAGAAAAAAUUCAUCCCAAAGUUGCCCGUACACUGAAAUAAUGGAUGUCAAUUUGAUCUUGAAUGAUCAGUUCGUUUUGGUGCAAAGGAAAAGCCAAAUGAGUCUACAUCAACUUCCUAAAAGAGAUGGCAAACAGUGGACCAUUAAAGUUGGUAGAGAUCUAGUUGAUCUAUCCACAGCAUUGGGCAAACCCCAUGGUACUUUUAAACUGUCACGCAGCGAAGAUAAUAAAUCCAAAGCUUUCGCACUUGUGCCAUCAAGUGAUGUUGUGGAGAUGAAAGAAAAGCUAAAAGACCUCAACUCUGGAGAAAGCAAUAAAGAGAUCUGGGAUGAUGGCACAUCACAACAAUUGAAAAAGGAAGAUAUUGAAGAAUUAAGAGGCCAAGGGUUGACUGGCACGGAAAUAGUUUCACAACUAGUUGAAAACAGCAAAACUUUCCAGAUCAAAACUGAAUUUUCCCAGGAGAAGUAUCUCAAUAAGAAAGAGGAAAAAUAUUCAGAAUGGCUUGACAUUCUCAAGCCUAAUAUAAGGCACCUAGCUAAAUAUUUCCAUUCCCAGGAUCCAAUGCAAAUUUUGAAUUUGCGACCAGACACCCUAGCGAUGAUUAUGUCCUUAGCCAACAUCAAGAGUAACGGAAAGUUCGGCGUUUUCGAUGGAGGAUGUCAAGGACUUAUUACAGCCACGAUACUGGAUAGGAUACAAGGAUUCGGCACCGUUUGGAAUCUGUUUCUAAAAGGCUCAUCACAAAAGCGAGUGAUCCAAGCGAUGAACUUUAACCCGGAGCAGCUGAAACCUUUAAAAAAUGCCAGUCUCUGGAAAGUCAAGGAAAGUCUUAAAAAGGAGGAGAAUGGAGAGGGAGACGAGGUGCCCGCUGCCAAAAUGAUUAAACUUGACGAAGACGCCCCCCAACCAUUAGAAUUUGGGAGUCUGGAUGGGCUUGUAGUUGUCUGUCGAAGACCGAAUGCCAUCGCCAAAGAAUUGGUAAAACUGUUGGCUCCGUCGGGCAAUUUUGUCAUUUUUUGUCCGUAUUCCGAGCCCCUGUGUGAGACGUAUACGGAUUUCCGUGAGUGCAAUGUGGCCGUUAAUUUAAAGCUAACCGAAGCUUGGUUCAGACUCCAUCAGGUUUUGCCACUUAGAACACAUCCAGAAGUAAAUAUGAGUGGAUCCGGCGGAUACAUUCUUUCUGGAAUCAAAGUUGUUUCUUAAUGAUGUCUGUACUUGUAAAAAAUUAAAGUUGCCACCUCACCUUCUCAUGUUGGUUGGGACUUGACUAUAAACUGCAUCUGCAAUUCCAA